AUGGAAGAACAAUUUGAAAGAAUUCGAAAUCAAGUAGAUUCUAAGCUUGAUAAUCAAAAACAAAUAGCUGCUACAUUGAUAGCGGUUGAAGAAACGAUAAGAGAUCAAAAUUCUCCUCUAAUACCUACUGCUUAUUUCGCUGUCUUACUAACAACGCUUGAGGAGCAAUGUAAUAAUUCUACAGGUUCUGGAAAUGAAAUACAUGGAGCAAUUCUUUAUCUUUUGAAUAUUAUACUACCUAAUUUAUCUCCUACGAUAUUACUUGGCAAAUUUUCUCAAGUUAUGCCAAUGUUAUUACAAGAUUUAGAGUCUAACAAAGAUGAUUCGGCGAUCGUUCGUUCAAUUACAGGCUGCAUAGAAAGUUUUCUAAUUGCACAGGAUAGAAAUGCAUGGAAUCAAGUAUUGGCAAAAAAGUCCUUUCAAGCGUUAUUAAUCCUUUCUGUGGAUCAAAGACCUAAACCAAGAAAGAGAGCUCAGGAUUCUGUGCGAAAAAUUUUGAAUUGUCCUCCUCCUCCAAUGAUUAAGCAUCCUAUUAUUGGUAUGACCACUGAAUUCUGCCAAAGAAUUCUUAAUGAAUGUUCAAGAUCUGAUCGUCAAACGAUACACCAUAUUUUAGCACUUUUAAAGGCAAUUGCUGGAAAAUGGCCUGUUCAAAAUCUUGGCCAAUUAUGUGAAUUAUUACUACAUUUACAAAAAUCUAAUGAUGCACUUAUCACUAUCGCUACAUAUCAAGUAUUUGAUGAAUUAUUUCAAUAUCAUAGGAAUGGAUUUGAAAAUUAUGGCCUUGAAGAAUUAUUAAAAUCUCAUGCUGAACUUAUGCCAAAUAUUCAAGACUCACAACUUUUACCACACUGGCUUACUAUAGUUGUCAAAGGAUUUAAGGCAUAUGCUGAAAUUAAUUCAGACAAAUGUAUUGGAAUUUUACAUAAUUUUUUUAAAGCCAUAUUUCCUGUUCUGGAAGUUGAUAAUUCUGAUAUUCGAGUUGCUGCCACGAAUUGUCUCGUCGAACUCAUUACACAUGGUAUUACUGAUGACGUUAUUCAAGAGACGCUUCGUGGUGGACAAGUAGAAUCAGAGAAAAAACAAUGUUUGAAUGAAAUUAUUUUAAUUGUUAAAAAUGGGUUUGACUUUCGUUAUCAGAAUGCGUGGAUUUCUGUUUUAAGAAUUUUAGAAUCAUUAUUUCAACGAUUAAAGAGAUCUUCACAAAAACUCUUGAGUAAUUUACUUAUUAUUGUGGAAGAUAUAAGAAUGAAUUCAGGACCUGAAUUAAAGGAUGCAGCUGAUAAAACCUUAGGUGCCGCAAUCGCAAAUAUGGGACCUCAGGCGUUCCUUAAUGUCCUACCAUUGAAUUUAGAAAACCCUGAUAAUAAUAAAAAUAUUGGUCGUGCAUGGCUUUUACCAUUACUUAAAGAUCAUAUUACAAAUACUGAACUUGGAUAUUUUAUUCAGGAACUCAUUCCUUUGAGUGAGAGGCUUGCUCAAAAAUCCUUACACUUUCAGAAUCAAAAUCGGAUGAUAGAAGCAAAAGUUUACGAGACGUUAGUUCAACAAUUAUGGACACUUUUACCUGGCUUUUGUGAUCUUCCUUUAGAUUUACCUCAUUCUCUCACAAAUGUCACAGCUGAAUUGUUUAGUAAUGUGAUGUAUCAAAAACCUGAGCUCCGACCAACUAUUGCUCUUGCACUUGAAAAUUUGGUCAAGAAAAAUCAGGUUAUCAUUGAAUCGAAUGAAGAAAAUAGCCAAUUAAUGAAAAAAUAUGAUUUAGAUAAAGCAUCAGCAGAGAAAAACCUUCAAUUCUUGGCUAAAUAUGCAGCAAAUUAUUUGGCAGUGUUUUUCAACGUAUUUAGUCAAACACCUACAGCAUAUAGUGCAUAUAUAUUAAAUUCUAUUAAAGUUUAUCUGACGAUCACUCCAACUAAAGAUAUUUCAAUAACAUUUGAUAAAGUUGUAAUAUUACUGAAGCAAUCUCUUUCCAAUCAUACACCACAAAGUAAUGAACCAUCUACAUCUACCAUUCCUUCAAGGUCUUAUACCAUGCUAGAUUUAUCAAUUGUAAUGGUACCACAUUUGGAAAUUGAUUCUGUUAAAAAAUUAUAUGAGAUUAUCACUGCAUUAUUUUGUAAUGAGGAUUCCACAUUACAAAAAAAAGCAUAUAAAGCAUUAAAUAUAAUUGCAGAGAACGAUAAUAUAAAAAUGGUAAUAUCACAGAAUAUAGAUGAUUUACAAAAUAAAUUGAUAGAAUCUACCAUGGUUUCCACUCUUGCUGCGAAAAAGAAUCGGUUGUUAGCAUUGACGAGCAUUAUUAAAUUAUUACCGAGAACAGAUCUUCAUAUGAUUCCAGAUGUUCUUUCUGAAGCCAUACUGAGUACAAAAGAGACCAAUGAAAAAGCUAGAAUUGCAGCAUAUGAGUUACUUAUUACGAUGGGAAAUAAGAUGAAAGAAGGUGGCACAAUAAUAAUGAGCAAAGUGGCCGAAGCGGAUCCAACAGCGCAAGAUGUGGAUGCUAGUAUUAAUGAAUUUGUGCUCAAAAUGGUCGUUGCUGGAUUAGCUGCAACUACCCCUCACAUGAUUAGCGCCACUAUUGCAUCAUUAUCGAGAUUACUUUUUGAAUUCAAAUUUGAUCUUGACCAAUCACUUUUCCAUCAACUCCUAGAUACCAUGGAUAACUUUGUGAAAUCCAAAAAUCGUGAAAUUGUUAAAUCAGCAUUAGGAUUUGUCAAAGUUAUAAUUGUUUCGCUUGAUGUUGACUUUUUAGUCCCACAUUUACCACAAAUUAUAAUAGGGAUUCUUACAUGGUCUAAUGAGCACAGAAGUUUCAAAUUCAAAGUUAGACACAUUUUUGAGCGAUUAAUACAACGGUUUGGAUAUGACACAAUAGAAAAACAUGUAUUGAGAUUAGGAAACGAUCUUGAACAUUAUUUUGAAAAUUACAUUCGAUG